GAUGUUGGACGACGACGACGACGUUUGGACAACGUCCAAGACCAUUCCUCUCAGCCCCACCCCCGUUCAUACUUCAUAGUCUGUCAACACCUCUUAGUCUGUGGUCUGGUCUUACACUUUAAUCUUGCUUUUAUUCUACUGGAAAAAAGGAUAUAGUAGCAUAAAAUGAAAUACUCUAAUCCUGAAAUUUCUUGGCACAAUCGUGAUCCAGUAUUAAGUAUCGACUUUCAGCCACAAUCUAGUGAUGGCCUACUCAGAUUAGCAACGGGAGGGAGUCAAGGGAAUGAUCCCUCUGAAAUUCACGUUAUUGUGAUGUGGAGUGUAACGGUUGGACAAAAUGGAGCAGGUUCUGUGGAAUUCCUUUGUGAAUUAAACCGUCAUGAAAAAUCAGUUAAUGCAGUCCGAUUCUCACCAAAUGGAGAAAUGCUAGGUUCUGCUGAUGAUGGAGGUAUAAUUAUGAUUUGGAUGCACAAUCAUGAUUGGAAACCUAAGUCAGACUUUUCUGAUUUCUCUGCCGAAAAGGAUUCUGAAAUCAAGAUUAAAGAACAAUGGACUGUUAGUAAAGUUCUUAGGGGACAUAUGGGAGACGUCUGUGACAUGUGCUGGUCUCCUGAUGGCUCAAAGCUUUUGUCAGGGUCUGUGGAUAACACAGCCAUUUUAUGGGAUGUCAUCAAAGGGAAACGAAUCCAACUACUCUCAGAACAAGAGGGAUUUGUUCAAGGAGUAGCUUGGGAUCCCAAGAACAAAUUUGUUGCAACAUUAAGCAGUGACAGGAGCUGUAGAGUUUACUCACUUAUGACAAACAAAGAAGUGAAAACAAUAUGUUCGGUGCUAAUAAAAAAUGCCGAUGGCGAAGAAAAGCCUAACCAAAUUUUUCACGAUGAUACCCUCAUGACAUUCUGUCGUCGCUUGAACUUUUCGCCGGAUGGUAGGAUUCUCUUUGCCCCUUGUGGCCUUUUGGAACUUGAUGAGGUUGCCACUACCGAUGACAGCGAAUCCACAAAGAAAAAAAUCUACACCACUUACGCAUUUGUUCGCUAUGAUGAUUUCUCGAAGCCAGUUGCGUAUUAUCCAUCAUACGAUGGCUAUUCGGUUUCUGUUCGCUGUUGUCCGAUCCUGUUCGAAUUACAACCAGGCCAGCCAUCUUUAUACGACAUUCCUUACAGAAUGAUUUUCGUUGUCGCAACCGAGAAAUCUAUUUUGCUCUAUGACACGCAGGAGAAAGAACCUUUUGCACGAAUUAGUCGUAUACAUUACACCCGCCUUACCGACGUGGCCUGGUCUAGCAAUGGACGGAUCCUAGUCGUUUCAUCUAUGGAUGGUUAUUGCUCGAUUGUAACGUUCAGUGAUGGCGAGCUUGGAAAACCUUAUGAGACCGUGAAAUGUGUGGAGGAAGCAGUCUCGCCAAAUUUACCUUCCAGUUUCCAACCAUUACUACAGGGGGAAAUAUUCAAAAAAAAUGUUCAGCCGGUAAUCGAUGACGAAGAUUUCCACCUGGCCUACGAAGUCAACGAAAUGACCCCGGACACUCCUGCUGCACCUUGUCCUCCUACCCACAGCACGUUGAAUUCCGAAUGCUCGACCGCCCAGGAAAGUCCGAAAUGCGUCAACGUUCGCAACAGUCCGAGACGUGUUAAAUUAGUGACGCUUUCCAGUCCCAAGAAGUAACCCUGUUCCUGUAGAUGUUUUAUUUCGUAUGUAAAAAACGAACCCCUUCUUACCUAAAAUUGAUCCUUAUGUUUGUGUUCAAGUUCGAAUAUAAUUUACAUUUAAAAUA